AUGCUGUAGUCCCUGGGAUGUGCACUGUUCAGCCACCUGACUGGGGAAGAAAGAGAGAAAAGAAAUGGGACUGCACCAGGCUAGACGUAUCCCGUCCCCCGGAUAGCUAUGACAACCCAACAGAGACAGAUUGCUCAUCGUUCCUAAUUCCUUACAGGACGCAGUGAUUGAUGCACUGGGCCUGACACCUGCUUGCCCGCCAGCUGAUGGCAUUUCACACGGCUAGAAGAAAAACAAUUGACAAGUGACUUGUGGGUGAUGUAUUGCCGUUGGAGCUGGCCUGCAGCCCGGACGCUUUGAGCUUUGAUUAAUCAGGUGAUAAUCACGAGGACAAGAGUGGCAGUCGGAAAGGGGGGUCACGGCCAGACAGGUGGGAUACCAUCAUGGGAGUGCUGACUGAGCCUGGCCAAACAAAGCAUCUAAAGCGUCUAGACAAUCCUGGUCCCGACCCAGACCGUCCUGGCACACAGAAAGGCCAGCUCAGUCAGCGACGAGCCCUGUCCAGGAGCCGAUGAAAAGAUAAUUCCCUCCUCGCAGACCACAUGCGGCGUGGGGCCGCUUGUGAGCGCUGACAGAGCAAGAUCAAGCAGAAAGGAUAUGAGUGGGAAACUUCAAAACCUGCUCAUGUUUCUGGGCCCGUGAAAGGAUUUGUAUAACACAUUCACUUUUGAUGGACUUUCCCAUGUUCCCCCAGACAGCUCUUUUGCUGUUGACGUGUUCAAAUAAUGAAUCUCUUAUGUUUAUUUUUUUUCCUCAGAGCAAGGCCGUGUUUCUAGUGGUUUUGCCGGGAUGCUGGGUAAUCCAGUCAGUCUCGCGUCGCAGCUGAGAACAGAUGGAGUACCGCUGAUUCUACAGCUGCCAGGGAAACGGAACAAGAAGCAUUUUCUGAUGAAUCCAAAGAAAUUGCUCAUACAUUGUCUUCCUCAGGCGUUGAAAUGGAACGUUUGUGUGUGAUUCUUUUGCUUGUAAGUAAAACUUUCAUAGUGAAUGCGCAAUUCAAUGGGUUCAACUGUGAUGCCAACUUCCACAGCCGCUUCCCCGCUGAGCGGGACAUCAGUGUGUAUUGUGGAGUGCAAACCAUAACGCUGAAGAUUAAUUUUUGCCCGGUGCUUUUCUCUGGCUACACCGACACUGACCUGGCACUGAACGGGCGUCACGGCGAUGCCCACUGCCGAGGGUUCAUCAACAACAACACGUUCCCAACAGCCGUGCUGUUUAGCAUCAGUCUCAGCACGCUGGAGGCCUGUGGAAACUCACUUGUGGUCUCCACGGCUCAGGGGCCCAACGCCUAUGGGAAUCUCUCCUUGGUCCAGAUUGGGAAUAUAGCAGGAUACAUUGACACUCCAGAUCCCCCGACGGUCAUUAGCUACCUACCGGGACUGCUUUACAAGUUCAGUUGUAGUUACCCUCUGGAAUACCUGGUCAACAACACACAGCUUGCUUCGUCGGCUGCAGCGAUAUCAGUGAAGGACAGCAAUGGCACUUUUGUGAGCACACUGAAUUUACUUCUAUACAACGACUCCACAUACGUCCAUCAUCUUGCCAUCCCAGUGUCUGGACUUACUCUGAAGACGCGAGUGUUUGCCGCUGUAAAAGCCACCAACCUAGACAGGAGGUGGAACGUUCUGAUGGACUACUGUUACACGACUCCCUCUGGGAAUCCUAAUGAUGAGCUCCGAUACGACCUUUUCUUUGGCAGAUGUGAUAAGGACCCGCAGACAACAGUGUUUGAGAAUGGGAAGAGCCAGAUGGGCCGCUUUUCCUUCGAGGUGUUCCGCUUUGUCAAGCACAAGAACCAGAAAAUGUCCACCGUCUUUCUGCACUGUGUGACCAAGCUGUGUCGCUCUGACGACUGCCCCCUGCUCUUGCCUAUCUGUGGUAAGAGGAAGAAAAGGAACGUGUCGGAAAGAACUGCUGUGGCCUCUGACAAUGCGGUCAUGACUGCCGGGCCCAUCAUCACCCGAAGUGAUGAAACUCCCACCAAUAAUUCCCAGCUAGCACAGUUAAACAGCCCUCCAUUCAAAAUUAAUUCAGUGACGAGCGCCUUGAUUUCUGCCAUCGCGAUCCUCGCCGUUAUGAGCAUAUGUUUCUUCAUCCUGUCUCUGUCACUGCUGAGAGGAAAAUAUAUGCCACCAACACCUCUGUCAGGAACCCACAACCCAGCGUUCAGCUAAACGCACACACACGGCUGUUCGGUCAGCUAAACAAUACAGCAAUACCUGUGUGCGGAGCUCUUCGGUUACACACAAUCAUAAAGUACAGGGAAAUAAUAUCAUAAUGUCACUCUACACAGCCUUUAGCUAUACACAGAUGCCUAUUUUUGGUCACAAAGCAUGAAUACUUCAUUCUUAUCACUGUAAAUUUACAUAACACACAAUCCUAAACCAUAAGAGGCUGAACUCUGAUUGGAAAUGAUUCUCACACACACAAUAUAAUCAGGAAUAACGGCAUUAAAAGAUGCACUCAGUAAUUUUUCCUCAUUAAAAUGUUUUACAGAUGAAAAAAUUUAAUUUUGACUAAAUCAUGUAUACUCAUGUGAGAUUCUUAGUCAUACUGGUAGACCAAACAAAUUUGGGGGCUGCCAUGUUGAGAUCACAUGACCAGCUGAAUAAUACUGACUUAAUGGACAAUUUCACGAAUGAAAUUAGUUAGUCAUGGCUAAUAACGCAUUUCUAAAACUGAAAACAUCUGAUUUUGCAUAAUUCUGCAUCCACACCACUAGGUGUCAGUAUAAGUCCAAGAAGACUCACCCAACAAAAAUUUACAAAUGCACUUUUAGGCCCGAAAAAAUGGUCUAUGCAUGUACAUGAAGGCAGAUGCUUCUGGCUACGAUAGACUGUGCAACGCAAAUGCGUUUUCUCAUCAUUGCCACAAGUGGCGCUAUAUCUAAAACGGUCUGCUUUUAUGAUCAGAGUUCUCUUUCAGGUCAACUACUGUUAUGGCGGAGCAACAGUUUAACCAAAAUCUUGAUCUAAGUCACUCUUGAUAACAACUCAGCUUAACACAUCGGUUUAAAGGCCAAAUGUCAUGUACUUGCGUAAAGCAUAUUUCUGGCUGUAAAGGGAUAGUUUUCAUUUUUACGUCGUUCCCAACUUAUUUUAAUUGAUUUGAAACA